AUGGUGCCUUUCAUGUUGCUCUCAUAUACGUGGCAUAUUGUUUUGAGAUGUAAUACAGUCCGUGCUGUUUAUAAAUGGGAGAAGUUUUUUCCUGUUGUAGUUCCGGUGUGGUCUGGCGUUAACGUUGCCGGCGUUUCGCUGCGUGAUGUGAAACCAGAUAUAGGCAAAAAAGCUGAUUCCGAUAAAUGGCAAGAAGAAAUCCACAAAGGAGUUGUUUCAGCUGCGUAUGAGAUCAUCAAGCUGAAGGGUUACACUUCCUGGGCUAUCGGAAUGUCCACUGGUGCCAUUGCUGCUACCGCCCUUCGUAACUCGCGCGCUGUUUGCGCCCUUUCCAUCAACGUUAAGGGCUUGCAUGGUAUUAAUGAAGAUGUGUACCUCUCGCUUCCAGUGGUUCUUGGAGAGAAUGGGAUCACUCACAUUGUGAAGCAGAAUCUUAGCGAUACUGAGUUCCAAAAGUCGGCCGCCCAGUUGCUGGAGGUGCAGAAUGGUCUGAAAGGACUUUGA